GAGAUUCAGAUAUUUACCUACCUCAAUCAGAUACAAUAUGGCACUGAUUCCACCGUUAAAAACAGCAUUUUGCGGUUGCUCCAACAAAACUGGUUGCAAAAUCAUCGGAUGGACAACAUUGGUUUUAGGUAUCAUAGGACUAAUAGUAUACAUAUUUCUACUGACUUGGGCUUCAAUUUCAAUAUCCAACACAAGUGACAAGGAACUGGGAGAAAAAAUCAUCUAUUUGCUUAACAAAAACGAAACCCAUGAUUUCAACAUUGAUGAGAAAGAUCGUGAAUUCAACCUUGAAUAUGUUUUGAGGAAAGUGGUUGGAAACAAACUAGAUACCAAUGAUCCUGCAGCAAUUGGCCAACAUGUGAAAAAACAGCUGGCAGUUAUGUUCAACGUUUUGAUCUUCUUGGUCAUCUUCUUGAUUGAGACAUUGACCACAACUACAAUGCUGUACGGGGUCUACAAGCAUAAGUCUGGCUACAUCAUGUUCUACUUGGUCUUUAGUGUGAUAGCCAUCGUGUUAAUACUCCUAGGCAUAUUCAGUUCUCAAGGUCUCUAUUUCCGACUCUUCAUGGUAGCCAUCAUGAUCAUCCAUCUGUACUUGACUUGGGUAGUCUACAGCUUCUACCUAGAGCUGUGUGAUCCUACAAGACCCUCUUCUCCGUCAAAGGAUGCUAUUCCUGAACAAAACACGGAGGGGCAAGUGCCGAUGUUAAUCUCAAAGGGAAAUCCUUGAGAAAUUCACCUCCAGAAAUUAAUGUCAAACCCUAUACAUAGCUCAUAUGUAGGUCUGCUUGAUCUAACUUUGUGUUUUUCAUAUUUUUACAAUAAACUAUGUGUAUAAAUAACUUUAUGUACAAGGACCGACUUUUAUAUCAGGCUGUCUUGUAAUUGAUCCCAUAGAAAUAUAAAGACAUGUACCGUAUGAUACUUAAGUGUU